AUGGAUUCCGCAAAGGUCCCCGUCAAGCUCGCCCGCGUUACCAAGGUGCUCGGCCGCACUGGCUCGCGUGGUGGUGUCAUCCAGGUCCGCGUCGAGUUCAUGGACGACACUCGCCGCAGCAUCAUCCGCAACGUCAAGGGCCCCUGCAAGGAGGACGACAUCCUCGCUCUGCUCGAGUCCGAGCGUGAGGCCCGUCGUCUUCGAUAA